UGGCUUUUGGCAUUAGUUCUACUUGUGCUUCUCAAGCGUUCGCAGUCCGCAAUGAAAGUAUUUGUAUGUCUUCUGGCGCUGGCCGCCACUCUGGCAACCGCCAAUGCAGGACUUCUGGAGCUCCUGAAGGGCAAAGUUGGUGUUGGCGGUGGCUAUGGCGGAGGAUACGGAGGAGGUGGCUGGAGUUCUGGAGGUAGCUCCGGAGGUGGCUACGGAGGAGGAUACGGCGGUGGUGUCGGCGGUGGAGUCCAGGUCGUCAAAGUGAUCAACACCUAUGAGGGAGGACACGGAGGUGGUGGAGGCUAUGGUGGUGGCUAUGGAGGCGGCUACGGAGGAGGCGGCUGGAGCUCUGGAGGUAGCUCCGGAGGUGGUUACGGAGGUGGUUACGGCGGUGGCUACGGAGGUGGUUACGGUGGUGGUCAUGGAGGCGCCAGCCGCGUGGACGUCUACAAAGUGAUCACAACCACUCAUGGAGGCAGCUACGGAGGCGGUGGCUGGAGCUCUGGAAGUGGUUACGGAGGUGGCUACGGAGGUAGCUACGGAGGUGGUCACGGUGGUCAAUCCGGCUGGUGGAAAACGAAGUAAGCAGCAGACGCCGCCUCAAGAAGCCCCUAUUAUCCCCACUCCCCAGAACUACCCCCAUUUAGCUGUAGUCCGGAUACAAACUCGUUUAUGUACCUGAAAAAAUCUUCCAUGGCCAAGCAACCCGAAUCUCUUCAAUGCCAAUUAUUCCCAAAUUAGCGAAACUAGUUUGAGAUAAUCGGCUGGCUGCUUGGCGAAAACACAAAUAAAAGUAAAAGUGAAUCUUAUUUAAAUUAAA